UGGUUAUGUCGAAACAUUAAUAUUCGAGGCAACGUGAACGUCACUUGCGUGUUCUUGUCUUCACGAUUGAAUGCUUCAUUAGUCGUCUAAAUCGACGCCGUAUAAAUAACUUGCUUUAUUGUAUUCACUAAAGUCAAAGUGUCUGAUUUGUUUUUUGUCCCGUUGGAAUUGUGGGAUUAUUUGACGUUUUUGCCUCGUUUUCAACAAACGCGCACGUCAUUAUGAAAAAAAUAAAAGAUGUCAAAGAAACUGUGUUUGCUAACGUCAUGUACUUGAAAGAUAUUUUUAUUAUUUUGUCGUUCGUCAAGCAAACGAAGACCCCCGCUUAGUUUAUAUUUGUCCAGUUAAGGUUUGUGCUGUUUUCAACGCGUUUCAAAAGAGCAGAACUCGUUUUGCUAACGUCAACACUACCCGUUCUUUCCAGAUUUUAGCGUUCUAGCGUCUCAUCAUAUCUUAAAAAAAUAUUAUGCUGAAAUUUUAUUUAACUAAAGCUUCCACGAUGGUGCGAAGCGUGACCCACGGCAAAGGUUUUCUUCCUGCUGCGUGGUGGUGCGCUUUGACUUCAAACAUCUCCAACUCAUGUAUGGCAGAGCUGGCGAAUCUGGUGCAGCGGCUGGAGUUGGCCGUCGGCCGUCUGGAAGCCAUGUCUGGACCCGUCGGUGCUUGUAACCAAGCGCCUGUCGCCACCGGAGCCGUGUCAGCUUACGUAGAGGCCUUUGACGGGAUCGUCAAUGGACCUUUGACGGAAUACUACAACAUCAGCAAGAAGAUAGGGGGCGAUGUACAGAAACACGCAGACAUGAUGAAGGAAGCCUUCGCCAAACAGAGACAAGUCCUUCUCAUGGCCUCUGGCGCACAGAAGCCCUCAGAUGCUGUUUUGGGCCUCCUCCUGAAGCCCAUUUCCGACAGCAUCCAAGAAGUGCAGGAAUGGCGUGAGAAGAAACGCUCAUCCCCGCAUUUCAAUCACCUCUCCGCCGUUAGCGAGAGCGUGCCCGCGCUCGGAUGGGUGGCCUUGAGCCCUAAACCCGGCCCGUAUGUCAAAGAAAUGCGUGAUGCCGCCGUUUUCUACACCAACCGGGUACUCAAAGAGUACAAGGACAAGGACAAGACACACGUGGAUUGGGUGCACGCCUAUUUGUCUAUCUGGACCACAUUGAUGGAUUAUAUUAAGGAACACCACACUACCGGUUUGUCCUGGAGCAAGACGGGGCCAGUGGCUUCGGCGCUGCCAUCCAGCGGAGCUGCUCCCAAAGCGGCCGGCGGGUGCCCUCCCCCGCCCCCUCCCGGCCCGCCACCGCCUCCCGCGGACCUCGGUGGUCCAUCGGUGCACGGCGACAGUGAUGCCCACAAUCGGACCGCCUUGUUUGAGUCUAUUAACAAGGGGGCUGACAUCACCAGGGGUCUGAGGCACGUGAAGGACGACGAAAAAACCCACAAGAACCCCAACCUCAGAGGCCAAAGCGCUCCGGUGCGUACCGGACCCAAACCCUUCACUUGCCCUUCCCCCCGACCCGGCACCUCGGCGGCCCCGUGCGCCAGGGCCGCCCCCAUUUUGGAGCUCGAGGGCAAGAAAUGGAAAGUGGAGAACCAAGAAGGCGAGCCGAACCUGCUGAUCAGCGACACGGAGCUCAAGCAAGUGGUGUACGCUUACAAGUGUAACAACAGCACUCUGCAGGUCAAAGGCAAAAUCAACUCUAUCACUAUUGACAACUGUAAGAAAAUGGGACUGGUGUUUGACGACGUUGUCGGUAUCGUCGACGUCAUCAACUGCAAGGACGUCAGAGUGCAGGUCAUCGGCAGAGUUCCCACCAUCUCCAUCAACAAGACGGACGGUUGCCAUGUCUACCUGAGCAAAGACUCUCUGAAUUGCGAGAUCAUUAGCGCCAAGAGCUCCGAGAUGAACAUCCUGGUGCCCAACAAGGAGGGCGAAUUUACGGAGCACCCGGUUCCCGAGCAGUACAAGACUGUGUGGGACGGCACCAAACUGGUCACCACGACCACGGAGAUGGCGUGCUAGAUACGCCCCCUUUUCCUCACGAGCCCCUCCCCCCAUUUCGCCCACCUGACUGAUGACCCGCACUCACCAGCUUAGCCCGAAAAGUUGCGAAUCUUACAUUGUGCGUUUUUUUCUUUUCCUCACCCCAGCCAAUCGCAGCUUCUGCUGUUCCUUCCCACAGCCAAUGAGGACCGCUCGCUCUUAUCGGAAGCGUUCCUCGAGCCAAUCAAGGUGCACUUUGCCAAUGGCGUCCGAGUAACGCCGUACUAAAUUAGCUAGCGUACUUACGCGGAUAUCGUCUCUGCAAGCCAGUUAUCAAGACGCGUUUUGCGCUAAUUAUCUUUUUUUUUUUUUCCGGCCAGGAGGGCUCUUAUUUUCGUGAAGAAAAAUAUGGUGUGGUAGGUUUUUGUUCCAUGAUAUGCAAUUCCACAAAGCACUUGUUCAAUCACUUCCGCAUUGUGCAUAAAAAGUCUUAACGAUUUUCGUGUAAAAUCAGGUUGUGCUAACCCUAGCAUUUAAUGUUCAUCUGGCAUUCCCAAAUAUUUUGACAUUCCAUGUUCAUGUCUUACUGGCUCCGCCGACACUUUGGUCAAUGAGUGAGUGCUUUCGAGCUGUUGAUUGUCUUUUAUAUCGUCUUUACCAUUUCGUGGGGAGGAUUAAGAUCAUUUAGUUCAAGACAUCAUUAAACUGUUGCAAUAACA